UAUAUAUAUAUGUAUAUAUGUAUAUAUGUAUAUAUAUAUAUAUAGGACAGCAGAAAAAAUGAAAACAAAAGCAAGAACCAGAGAACUUCACCUCAAUCUUGAAUGACCCAGUACAGUAAUUGCAACUAGGAGAUUAGCUGCUCUUUUGCAUGGUAGCAGCAGGACAGGAUAGUGUUCAGUCUUUCACAUGCCUGUAAACCAGGGAGGCAAGCCUACAUUUUAGGGAAGGUCAACAAACUUGCAGUUCGAGGUCCCAGCCUACUAGCUCAGGAAGGGCCGAGGUAAUCACCCGAAACAUCCUGGAAGUCAUUAAAAGAAGCGCAGAAGACAAGAAUAUGGAAAUAUGGAAAGACAAAAGGAAUAUGGAAAAUAUGAAUCUGCGCUCCGUCUUCACUCUCGAGCAGCAGCGGAUUCUGCAGCGGUACUACAACAAUGGAAUGACCAAUCAGAGUAAGAGCUGCUUCCAGCUCAUCCUGCAGUGCGCUCAGGAGGCUAAUCUGGACUUCAGCGUGGUGCGGACGUGGGUCGGCAACAAAAGACGGAAACUGACCUCCAAGAGUGACCAGAAUGGCUCUCCGCACAGCUCGUCCAAUCACACUGUGGGUGGCAGCAGUGGCGGUGUGGGAGGAGGGGGUGGGGGUGUGGUGCUGCCAACAGAGCUUCCGGUGCGCAGUGUGGCAAGCAGCUUUCGUGGGGCAUCACAGACCCAGCUCCUGCCAGCAGCCUCUUCCUCCUCCAGUAGCAUCACUGACCACAGCAACACCACAAACAACAACGGCAGCAGCAGCUGCAGUGAUGUCAUAGUCACUGGCGUCUACACCCUGGCGAAGUCCUCCAGCCGGGCUGAAACAGCUUCCCAAACCAACAACGUUAUGCACAAGACUGUCUCUAAGUGCCGCAGCGAGACUGAACUUCAACCGCCACGUGAUCUCCAGCUGAAGACCACCAGCCCGGUGAAUUCCUUCAGCAGCAAGGCGGUCUCACUUCCAAGGAAGCCGGCACAGCUCAGCCCCACCAAUGCAGUCUACUGCCACGUCAAGAAAAGCUUCCCUGCCGCUGGCACCCAGUCGGGCGAGUCUUUGGACCUCCCUAGGACAGCUGCUUGGGAUAGACAGUACGCGCAACAGCAGUGGCCUUUUCCCUCUGAUCAGCAGCCCUCCAACUCAGUGUCCAGGAUGCGGGACUCUUGCCCAGCCGGGAACGUCAGAAUCAAGCAGGUGUUUACCCUGGCCCCUGGGGGGAGCGAGCAGCAGCAGCAGCAGCAGCAGCAGCUGUCAAGGGUUUUCGGACAGUCGCUGCCCCCUCAGCAGCAGCACAGCAGGUCCCGGCCGGUGGAGAGCUCUGGCUGCUUCUCUAUCGCCAUGGAAACUGGUGAUGUUGAUGAUGAGUAUGCCAGGGAAGAGGAGUUGGCCAGCAUGGGCGCCCAGAUACAGAUCUGCCCCAGUGGUGUCUUGGAUCCUAGUGCUCUGCGGUUGAGGGACAGCCCUGGGGCAAUGUCGGCAGGGCGGGGUGGGGCUGGAGCUGGAGGGACACUAGGAUCGCAGCCGGGCAGCUCAGACUUGUCCUCCACCUCUCUCUACCCUGGCAGCAGGGACUACCAGAAGCCGUCAACCUCUUCCCACUACCCUCCUGGCUCGGCUGCAGUCUUCAACAGCGGCAGUGGUGUCAAAGCACGCAGUAACUACCCAGCCAAGUUUGACUCUGUACCUAGCAGUCACAGCUCACCCCAGAGAAUGGGCACCUACCAGGCGUCUGGAAACCUACCAGUCCCUUGGAUUACAAGUAACUCCAGAAAAAGAACAUUACAAGAUCGAACACAGUUCAGUGACCGAGACUUAGCUACGCUGAAGAAAUUCUGGGAUAACGGAAUGACCAGCUUGGGGUCUGUCUGCAGGGAGAAAAUCACAGCUGUGGCAACCGAGCUGAACGUGGACUGUGAGAUAAUCAAGAGACAAAACUGCACUACUGUAUACAACAAAGGAGACCAGAUUGUCUGCAACCACCUUGGACUUGGAUCUCGAUCUCAGAAGCUAAGCAAGACCUGGAUUGGGAACCGCCGCAGGAAGUACCGCCUCAUGGGAAUUGAGAUCCCACCCCCAAAAGGAGGGCCAGCUGACUUCACUGACCAACCAGAUCCGGGGUCACCGGGGACGCUGACCCCAGGGGAGCACACGCCCAAGACGUCAGACCAGGCUGAGGACAGCGACCACAAUGACGAGGUGUCCAUCUGUCUGUCUGAAGACGGGGCGAGUGAUGCGUAUCAGAGAGAGAGUGGGGAAGACGAAGAUGGAGAAACGAAUAACGCCGCCUCAGCCGACAAUGUGAAAAUAGAAAUAAUAGAUGACGAUGAAGAAGACGGCGGUACUUCUGAUUUCGAGCAAAUGCAAACGCUGCUUGAAUACAAGCAUGAUGAAGUCCAGUACCUUGAGCAAGAGCUAGAGAACCAAAAACAAAGAUACUAUGAUCUCCAGACAUUUACCAGGAACUUGGUAGCUGCUGUGAAGUCAAAGGACGCAGAACAGCAACAGGCGCUGCUGUUGAGUUUACCUCAAGAAGUAGAAGGAAAAUGGGACUUCAGCCAUGUAUCUUCAGAGCAGAGUGAACCCAUGGUAAUGAUCCAAACUUAUUCCUCUGUAUCAGAGGAGAAAGGUGCUGCAGACACGUGACGUUGCCAACCAGACCCUUCUAGGCACUGCUGCCUUCUCAGUGUUGCAAGAGCAACUGUUUUAUGGGAAUGCCUUUUUUUAUUGCAUAUGACUGCCUUGUCCAAGGAAAUGAUAAAUAAAAAAGAUACUUCACA